UACAAAGUUACUCUGCCAAAAUCACUUCAAAGCUUCCUCCAAAAAUUCUGCAAAUAGAUCCAAAUCUUCAUCACAAAACCAUCACACAACCAAAUCGGACAAUAACACAAACAGACUGAUCAUAACUCUCAUCACGACUCAGAUUUCAGCUUCAAUAUGCUCAACUAAUCUUCACUAAAUCCAACACAUAGAAGCUUCAUACCAACCUUCACGAUCAGCAACUUCCAAUCAAUACCAUAGAUCCAACAUCACCUCUACCGAUUCAGCAAAAUCACACACUAUCAUAUCACUCUACACAAACCAAAACCAGAUCAUAUCACCUAUUCAUCCACCUUCAUUUACCUUCCCCAUUUUCCUUAUCAAACCUGCAAAUUACACCUUCAAACCGUAACUCUGCUUCAUCCAUCAUCGCAUAAGUCUGAAACGCAUCAUCAACACCACCACACAAUUAAAUCGCACAACCUUCUUCAAACACCACACCUUCAUCAAUAGCUUCAUGAUUCCUUCAGCUAAACACAAACCAUAUAAACCGAAACAAAUCCAUGACUCUGUGUAAACCGGAAGAUCUGUUACGUUCACGUCACAAUCUUCAUGCCAUUAUCACCUCAGCACUUAGGGCCACGAUGCCAUAGCUUCAGAUCGAAACCGACAUCAUCGCUCAGCAUAAUCGAAGCAUAUCUUCAACAACACACCUUCAGAUCGCAACUCAACAUUACCAAAGUUUCACGUCGAUUUCAUCAUCAACAACAACACCGCCAUCACCGAUUUUGCAAACGCCACCAAUCCUCUUCAAUCGGUGUGGAUCAUCCUUUGAUGAAAUGCGAUGUAACUCAAACAUGUGCGGAUACAACUGAUGCUUUUGUAACUGGUCAGAAAUUUGCUACAAGAGAAGAGGCGAUAAGUUGGAUUAAGGAGGUUGGAAUCAGGAAUAAAGUGACAGUUAUAUUAACUCGUUCAGAUACCAAAACAGGCAAGAGAGGAAGAAGUGAUAAAUUAGUAUUUGGUUGUGAUAGAGGUGGAAAAUACAAAAAAACAGAUAGCGAAACCCAAAGUGCUACUAAGAGAUGUGGUUGUCCUUUCAAAAUUAGGUCAACGCCGUCGAAAGAUGGUUCGGGAUGGAAGGUCGAUGUAAAAUGCGGAGUACACAACCGCGGCUUACCUGAUAGAUUUGAAGGUCAUGCUUUCGUAAGUCGACUAAAUACAGAUGAUAAGCAACAUAUUGUUGACUUGACAAAACGCCAUGUUCCACCAAGACACGUAUUAUUGUCAUUGCAAGAGCGUGACCCAGAGAAUGUCACUCGGAUCACGCAAAUAUACAAACAUAAGAGUAAGAUACAAAAAGACAUAAGGGGUCCUAGAACAGAAAUGCAACAAUUGCUCAAGUUGGUUGAAGAAUCAGGUUAUGUUUAUUGGAGUAGGAAAAAGGAUGAGUCAGAAGUUGUGAGAGAUAUUUUCUGGGCUCAUCAAGAAUCAAUUAAGUUAGAGCUGUCAAUAUGGGCUACCCGGCCCUAAACGGGCCGGCCCUAGCAGGCCCUGGGCUUUUCAGGGUUGGGCCAAAAAGGUCCUGUAUAAUAUGGGCUCAAGAUUUACUACCCGAGCCCGGCCCUAGAUGGGCUUCGGGCUACCCGGCCCUAAAUGAGCUUUUUUAUUUAAAAAAAUUAAAAUAAAAACUCCAUGAUAUUUAUUAUAAAUAAAAUUAAAAAUUAUGUUAUUUUAAACAUAAUACAUUUUUAAGUACUAUAUUAUCUCUUAUAAAUACUAUAAUGUGUUUCUAAAUACAAUAUAUGUCUAAAUUGUAUAAAAUAAUACUUGAAUAUUUAUUAUAAAAAAAACUAAUAUAAUACGAUGAAAAAAUGUUGAUUAUAUUAAUGUAUAAUAUUUAAAAGAGAAAGAUUGAAUAAAAUAGAGAUAAAAUUUAGUGAAGUAAGAAAAAUUAAUAUGCUAUUUCGGAGUAAGAUAAUAUAAAUAUAAAUAUAUAUUUUUAAAAUUUAUAAUUAUGCGGGCCUGAUGGGCUACCUACGGCCCAUAUGGGCUAGCCCUAAUGGGUAGCGGGCUUUUCAGGGCUGGGCUAAAAAGGCCCUGAAAAAUAUGGGCUCUAAUUUUAAGGCCCAAGCCCUAUGAUUUUUCGGGCCCAGCGGGCCGGCCCAUAUGGGCUAGCCCAUUUUGACAGCUAUAAGUGAAGUUGUUGAAUAUGUUUCCUGUUGUAUUAAUUAUGGAUUGCACAUACAAGACAAAUAAGUACAGGCAACCGUUGUUUGAAAUAGUUGGUAUGACAUCAACUAAAUUAACAUUUGCUGUUGCAUUUGCCUAUAUGGAAUCUGAGCAGAUAGAGACUUUUUGUUGGGUAUUGGAUAAGUUGAAACAGUUGUUUAUCAAGCAGGAUGAUUGUCCUCAAGUAAUCUUGACUAAUAGAGAUCUCGCUUUAAUGAAAGCCAUUGAAACAGUAUUUCCAAAGACAACUAAUUUGCUUUGCCGAUUUCACAUCAACAAAAACGUGAAAUCAAAGUGUAAGGAACAUGUUGUGGAUGAUAUGCGAGAAACAGUGGAGAAAAUGUGAUUUGAACUGACAAAGGCUAGUGAUGAGAUGGAGUACCAUCAAAGGUUGAAACAACUUGAGGAUGCAUGUGUUGACUCCAAAGGUUUUAUUGAUUAUGUGAAUGACACAUGGUUGACACCGCACAGACAUCGAUUUGUCGAAGCAUGGAUCAAUCAAGUGUUACAUUUGGGCAACACCACAACAAAUAGGUAUGUAUAUGUGAUUUAAUCGACAUUAUUUCUUUAUCUUAAUAUUACAGAUAAUUAGUUGUUUUGUUUUAUUUAAAGGGUGGAAUCUGCGCAUUGGAAACUUAAGCAAAUGUUAGAGAAUAACUUAGGUGAUUUAUGCAAAUGUUGGGAGGAUAUGAAUGACAAUAUCAAGAUACAAGUGGGAAACAUUAGAGCUUCCUUUGAGAAGAGUUUUUAUGAAGUUGAGCAUGCACACACUGUGGUGUCGUUUUUUUUACCUCCCCGUUUCACUUGGGAGGACGGCACGCUAGACCCUUCAUGCGAAAUUUGGAAGGAGAAUGCGCCCGGGGCGGGAGGAAUUUUGUUUUAGUUCUUCCUACGAUAUCACACGAACUUUUUAAUUAUCCUAAUAAUUAGGAGAGGGGAAAAAGAUCUCAAAUAAACCCUAGGAGUUUGCUAAGUGUGGGGAUUCACCUAGACUAGAAAUUCUGGAGUCCGGGGGGUCGGUUACACAUAGGGAAGAGUUUAAGCACCCUACAUAUCCGUAGUACUCUAUGGGAACCUUCUUUGUGUCAAUGUGUUUGUUGCUGAAUGAUUGGGAAAUUUUCUCCUUUGUGUUAGGAGAACGAAUUGAACUGAUUUGAAAGAAAGACAGACAGACUGACUGACUAUUUUUGGUAUUUUAUUAGCUCGCUGAGAUUCCUUGUGAACCUCAUGCCUACAUAUCCCUAAUGGAAGUCAGAGCUUUUUGUAGUUCGGAGAACUAAUUAGGUAAAUUAAUGAUUUUUGGGUGCCUUGCUUGAAGCUCAAGGAUGUAGCUUGAAUUAAAUCUCUAUUUACGAUAAAGAGACAUGAAAUCGUCUUUAUAGAGAGGUAUUUCUACUAUUCCACCACAAACAUUUUAAAAGAGUGACAGAAUGACUGAAUUCAUUUCAUUAAGAGAGGGAGCCUACUUGGUUGAUCAAGUAUGACAGCCAACAUGCCUCUUAAAUGAAAGAAGGAUUCUCAUCCAAAUUAGGGAAAGUGUACAAGUCUUGGUUUGUUUUCCUCAGAGCAUGCCUUUCAAAAUCCUAAAUGGGAGAAUGUUUGAAAUUGAAAUUGAAAAUGAAAUGUUUGUUUGAUUGAAUGUGAUGAGAUAGGAGAAAGAUCUCUCUAUAGAGAUAAGCUAUGUCUAUCUACUGUAUAAAAGAUUUGAUUUUAGCUGGCUUGUAUGAGGCCCAAGCUUGAGGCUUUUGAUUGAUUUUAUUAUUUUAUUGACUCUGGGAGAUAACUCUACUGGGAAUUGACUUAAAUUAAUAAAUUAUGCUGUUCUGUACAAAGCCCAGAAUUGAGGCUGACACUUGACUGGGGAAGUCCUUAUUUCAUGCCUUGUAUGAGGCCCAAGGUUGUGGCGGACUCUUUAUUGAGAAAUAUGUCUUUUAUUGAUUGAGAUUGGAGGCUGACCCUUUCCAGGGAAUUUACUCAGCUGGGGAAAUUAUCUUUUAAAAGACUAACUUUUUUUUUGGAAGCUAACCCUUUCCAGGGAAUUAUGGAUGAUGGCAGAAGGAUUAUUUAAUUGAGACUUCUUGUUUAAAGCCCAAGAUUAAGGCUGACUCUGAUUGAGGAUAGAUAACUACGGAUCCUAGACUUUGCUAAGGAAGAUUGAUGAAGAUAAGGGUGACAGAGACUGUCCAUGUCUCUCAUUCCAAAAGGUGUGCUCAAUAUGAGAUUGAGACAAUCUUGGCUUGUUUUAAAAGUCUGGUUUUAAGAAUGGAAGGAGCUCACCAGGGUAGGCUGAAAGGUUACUAAAGACCUGUUCCUAUGUUUUUAAGAAACCUGAUGGGUCCUUGUAUACAAGCUCAAGAGGAAGCUGGAAAUGCUUUUAAGAAGCCUGUGGGUCCUUGUACAAAGCCCAAGAGGAGGCUAGAAAUGCUUUUAAGAAGCCUGUGGGUCCUUGUACAAAGCCCAAGAGGAGGCUAAUCGAGGGUCAUCGAGGGUCCUUGUUAUAGCACAAGAGAAAGCUAUGUGGUUUUCAACUUAUUUUGGCUUUAAGCAAAUGGGUAAGAGGUUUCACCGGGAAUAAUUCCUCUUGGAUGGAUGUGUCCUAUUUUGGGUUCUAAGGCUUUUUCAAGAUGUUUCACCGGGAAUAAUUCAUCUUGAGAGUUUGAACUACAGAUCUCUAAUUAGGAAAGAGCCUUCACCGGGAAGACAUUCUCAAUCCUAGGCCAUAUUCCUAUAAUAUAUAGUUUAACUGUCCUAUGGUUUGCACUCAGACGUAGUUCUAAAUAAUAAACAGUUUAUAUUUGACAGUAAUUUAAAUGAAGACUGUAGAAUGAAAGCUUGUAAAGCCUAAGCUGGAUGGAGUGGAGGCCUUUGAAGAUGUAUGUACAAAGCCUUACGAGCAGUUGAUUGUUAACAGUUGAAUAUUUAUGAUAAACAGUUAAAGGUUUUUGAAAACAGAAGAAGUGAAGAUGGACAUAGGUCACAUAGGUAUCUGAAGAGUUUCACUGUAAAUACAGUUUUUGAAAACAAACUAAUUAAAGAAAGAGGUGUUUCACUAUUUAUGAGAAAUAGUUAAAAAGAUGCAAGGUUCUACUUUGAAGUUUGAAAAACAGUUUGAAUUUUGACAAAAGUCAACUUAAUUAUGGCAAAGAUAAAAUCUACACCUAAUUAAGACCUAAAUGAUUUAGGGUUUUAACACCAAAACAUGUACAAGAGAUUUAGGUUUUUGAGAUUAAGUGAAAACGAUAUUUUAAAGUAUUAAAACAUAUUUAAAACAUAUGAUUUUAAACUUAAUUAAAAUAUAUCAAAAUAAUAUAUUUUUGUGAUUUUUUUGGAUAUUCUCAAAAUAGAUAUACUAAAUGAGAAGUGUGUGAAAAAUGAAAAGAAAAUGAUUUAAUUUGAUAGAUGAAUUAAUUAGUGGAAGUUGUGAAGAAAUUGAAAUGGAAAAGUGGUAAAAAAAAUGGUUUUGGUCUCCCCAAGGUUUGAACUCACGCCCUUGUAGUCACCAGCAUAAAACAAAGUCAACAGAGCCACGCACGUGGCUUGUCAAAGGAAGGACUCCAAUUGAUUAUAUGUGAAACAAGCAUGAUAAAAUGGAAAAAAAAUAACAAAAAGGUCUGAGGGGGGGAUCGAACCCCAGACCUUAUGGCAAGAGAAGUAUGGAGCGCAUGUAACCAAGUGAGCUGAACGUUUUAGUCGUUCAAAACACGCUUCCAGUUAAAUAUAUUUUAAACUUCCCUCUGAGAAUUCAAAAAUGGCGCCACCCAUCAUCUUCGUCUUCAACCUCAAGCUCUCUCAUUUUGAAAUUCUGAAAUCUCUCAAUUCUCAACCAUUUGCAAAGAUGUAAAGAGCAAACUUGCUCUAAAUUCACUCACGAUUCCAGAUAUAUGACUAACAUAAAUUUAUAUUAACUAUAUCUACUGAAUUAAACAAAAUACGUGAAGAACCCUAAAAUUCAAAAAUAAAAUUAAAUGAUGAUGCUGAUGAAUAAAUGCAUGAGAGUAGAGGGCUUUUGAUCCUCUAAUGACACUGAAUGAAUUGGUAUCGAGCUUUAUCAAAAUAAGUACGUGAAUUAAAGAGGAGGAGUUCAAAAACUUACCUCUGAAACUGAAGGUCGUGAGGAUGAUGGAGAGCACCUGGGCUUGUAUGAAUGAUCCUAAAAGCUUCCUUGGGACUCAGUGAUGCUAACUGAAUACUUAUUACGCUUUGAAUGCUCCAGGAUUACUCUACUCGACCCCUUCUAUUUGAGCUUCAAGUGAACAUGGAAGUUGGUGAUUCCAUGGUUACAGAUGUGCUGGAGGCAUCUGAAUAGCUUCACUACACCUCUAGGAACAUAUUGAUGUCUUUGAUUUUCUUGACACCUUCUGAAUUGCUCUAUGGACCUUCAACUGCACGAGCUCCAAAAUGAAAGCAACAAUGGUGUUCUCCUACUUACAGAAGUGAUCCAGGUGCUUGGAUCACCUCAAAUGAACCCCCUUAAGAUGUUAGAAAGCUUAUUUCCCAAAGAAGAGCUCUGGUUUGAAGAAAUCGAUUCUUCUUGCCAAAGAACUUUGAAAAAACAUAAGCAUGAUAAAAAGAAGGAGAAAGCAAGGAAUUGAGUUGCUUUGGUAUGUUUAAUACUGAGGAAUGCACUUGUAUUUAUAGGCAAAUGAUGCAGAGCAAUUGGAUAUAGUGAGCUUGCUUAGUGAAGUAAGUUUGGUUUCUUAAGCAUGAAGAAAUUUCAAAGAAUAUCAAAGUGUGAUCAUUGCAUUUUCGAGUUAGUCCCGUAUCCAUUGAUCUCUUCUGAUCUUAGGGAAUAUUUCUGAUGCAGAGUGAGCUCUAAUUAGCUUAGAACAAGAUUUCAAUUGGUGAAUCAUCAUUUUCCAUAAAUUCACAAAUGUAAUGAUUACAAAAUCACAUGUUCUUGUUUUGGGAAUCUUCUUCAAUCCUUGGGUACUAAACAAACAAACUGUCUUUCUUGCGAAGGACUGCAAUUUGUCGACUGCUAGGGGAACGAAAAGUAAAAAAAUUGUCUUCUGUUGAAAAGAAAGACUGCCAUUUGUCGACUUUGCUGAGGAACCUUAAAGUGUACAAACUGUCUCCUGUUGAAAAGAAAGACUGCCAUUUGUCGACUUUGCUGAGGAACCUUAAAAAGUGUACAAACUGUCUUCUGUUGAAAAGAAAGACUGCCAUUUGUCGAUUUUUGUUGAGGAAUCUUUAAGCGGAAUGAACUGUCUUCGUAAAGAAGGCUGCCAUUCGUUAUCUCUGCUGGAAAAAGUGAGUGAAUUGUCUUCUAUUGAAAAGAAAGACUGCCAUUCGCUCAACUUUAAUAAAGAAACCUGAAACGAACUGUCUUCGUGAAGGAGCUGCCAUCCGUUAUCUCCGCUUGGGAGAAAGUGAGCAAACUGUCUUCUGCUGAAAGAGACUGCAAUUUGCUGACUUUUGAAAAGGAAUCCUGAAACGAACUGUCUUUGUGAAGAAGACUGCCAUCCGUUAUCUCCUAUUGGGAGAAAGUGAGCAAAUUGUCUUCUGCUGAAAAAGACUGCCAUUUGCUGACUUUUGAAAAGGAAUCCUGAAACGAACUGUCUUCGUGAAGAAGACUUCCAUUCGUUAUCUCCGCUUGGGAGAAAGUGAGCAAACUGUCUUCUGCUGAAAGAGACUGCCAUUUGCUGACUUUUGAAAAGGAAUCCUGAAACGAGCUGUCUUCGUGAAGAAGACUGACAUCCGUUAUCUCCUCUUGGGAGAAAGUGAGAAACUGUCUUCUGUUGAAAGAGACUUCCAUUUGCUGACUUUUUGGGAAAACAACAAACAAUCACUUGUCGAUUCCAUGAGGACGAACUAUCUUCCCGAGGAAAACUACCGUUCGUUGACUCUGCGGGGAAAUCAAAAGCAUACAAACCCGUAUUCUUGGAGAAGAUGGUCAACUAUCGCUCUGUUGUGAACGUCCAAAAGUGGACAAACUAUCUUAAUUGAAGAAGAUAUCUAUUGUCGAUUUCACUCGAGAGUGAACAAACUAAUUCUUUGAGAGAGAUUACCAUUUGUUGUCUUGCUGGCGAUUUCUCAAAGUAAACAAACUAAUCUUCCUCUGGAAGACCAUUAUUUGUUAACCUUUUGGGGAAAUUCGGGUGUAUGUACCUUCUUUCUUAAGAAGAAAACCCUUUCACGACUUUGCAGGGGAAGCUUGAGCACAUGCCUUAGUGACUCGGGCAUUAACAUGAUCAAAGCCUAACUAGACUAUGCUAAUUAUGCAAUUAUGAUGUGAGACAUGCAUGAACAUUAUGAUGAUUAUAAAAUGUAAAGUGAAUGUGAAUAGAAUUGUCGCGGAUGUGAAAUCCUAUGAUACGACUUGAAUCUUAUGAUGAUCAGAAGAUGUCUUCUUCUUGCAGUUUGAACUCUGUUGGGGAUAAUUGGUUAUCAGUUGCCCGCUGUUUGAAGUGAGUGAUAUGAAUUGAAGUGAAGAUGCGUCAUCGGGAGAUGUUCACAAAGCGACCUCAUGGGGAAAUCUUGGUUCCCGGAGUGUCAACCGUUUUUGGAGCAACUGUUUGCAUUCUUCCUAUUGUUCGUAAACCUUAGAAAGAAAUUUCACCUUUAGUUUUGCAAGUAAAUUCAUUUUAUUUUAUGAAAACAGUUUGUUUCAAGAAAAUGACUGUUUAAAAAAAACGCAUUUUAAGAAACUGAAAAAGACUUGAUUUGCAAAGAAAAGGCACAAGGCUUAAAUUAUUAUUUAUGAAAUGGUAAUCAGCCAAAUGCUUGAUUCCAUGGAGUAUUUACAAAGUUGGAAAUUGGUAAUUUUCGGGAAAAGGGCUACGAUGAAACGUGACAACCAUUAUCUUUCCCUUCCACUCCGAGUUGCGCUGUAUUCGUGCUUCGUAGAAGAUGACCUACUGAUGAUUACUCCGCUAUGGAUUUCGAAUGAUCAAGUUUGUCCUGAACACAGUUACUUGCCAUAUAUCCCUAACUUUUGCGUAAACUACCCCUUUCGGGUUUUAAGUCUACCGGGAUUGAUUAUUAUUAUUUUUUAUGUCUCUAACUUUUGCCUGAGUCGCCCUUUCGGGUUUUCGAUUCACCGAGACGCUCUUUUUUGCCUAAGCCGCUCUUUGCGAGUUUUCAACUUAGCGAACUGUACUUUUAAAUAUUUAGGAGAAGUAUUUCUUGACUGCGUCGACGUUCACAGGACGGAUGAAUUCUUCUCCAUCCAUAGUCGUGAGUAUUAAGGCUCCUCCUGAGAAAGCUCUCUUGACCACGUAUGGGCCGUUAUAAUUGGGAGUCCAUUUUCCUCUCGAA